UACCAAACUACUGCUGCAUCAAGCCCCUAACCACUCUCCCCUAACCACACCGGGCUCUCUCUUGCUCUUGUCUCAGCCUACAAUGCCUUUGUGCCGCUGGUAGACUCCUAUUUGUUCCAGAAAGCCACCCCUCACCUGUCUCCUUCUCUGUGAAGGAGACUGUCCAAACAGAACCCGCUGCUUCAUCCUCUCAGCUUCUCUGACGCCUGCAGACGCCUCAGCUACAGCCCACCCCUAGGCCAUCAAGAGGCCAAAUUUGCCCGCACACCCAUCUUCCCCUAUUGUCUGAAGGCUAUUCUACUUCUCUCUGCAUCCCCAAUGCCUAAGAAGCCCAGCAGGUGUGUGCCGAACUAAGGAGAGAGUACGUCUGAGGAUGGGAGCAUGAGAAAAGAAAGUGGAAGUGUUCAUCGCUCAGUGAUGUCCAACUGUUUGCGACCCCAUGGACUAUAGCCCACCAAGCUCCUCUGUCCAAGGACUUCUCCAGGUGAGAAUACUGGAAUUCUACUCCAGUCCAAGACUAUGCCAAUCUGUGGCCAUGUUCCCACCAGCCAGUCACCUCCUGUCCCUGCUGCUGGUGAUAGACGCAGGGGGGACCGUGCCCAGCCCCCAGGGGGUUCCCCAGGGCUGCUAUGCGGCAGAGGAAGCUGGGGAGCGGACCUUCCGCUGCAGCCAGGCGGGUCUGAGCGCCGUGCCCACCAGCAUCCCCAACGACACCCGCAAGCUCUACCUGGAUGCCAACCGGCUGGUGUCGGUGCCAGCUGGUGCCUUCCGGCACCUGCCUGUCCUGGAGGAGUUGGAUCUGUCCCAUAACAUCCUUGCCCACCUCUCAGGGGCUGCUUUCCAGGGCCUGGCGGGCACGCUGCGCCGCCUGGACCUCUCUGCCAACCAGCUGGCCUCGGUGCCCGUAGAGGCUUUCGUGGGGCUAAAGAUCCAAGUGAACCUGUCUGCCAACCCGUGGCGCUGCGACUGUGCCCUCCAGGAGGUGCUCCGGCGGGUGAGGCUGGCCCCGGGCACGGGGACGGGCAUCGUGUGUGGCCCGGGAGCCCGACCGGACCUGGUGGGGCAGGAGUUCCUGCCGCUGGUCGGGGAGGAAGAGUUGUGUGGGACAGGGCGGGGCGGGGCCCGGCGCAGCACCGACGUGGCCCUGCUGGUCACCAUGGGCGGCUGGCUGGUGCUGGUGGUGGCUUAUCUGGCCCACUACGUGUGGCAGAACCGGGACGAGACCCGACGUCCCCUCAAGCGGGCCCCCGUGCUGCCUGUGCGUUCUGAGGACUCCUCCACCCUCAGCACAAUGGUCUGACGACCAGGGACACUUCUCUGGGCCCACGCCCGGCUCCCCUCUCCUCUCCUCUGACCCCCUCUGCCUCCCCUGCAGCCCCUUCCCAUCCCCCAAUUCCACCCCCUUCCUCCUCUGUCUCUCCAAAGCACCUGAUAUCUCUCAGUCCACCAACACCAUCUUCGGUGCCUGGGGGGUUGAGUGCCUACUUUUGGUACCUACUCUGCUGGUCUCUCAUAAAGAGAAGGAGGGAGAGACUGUAACAGUUAUUGUUAUAGAUUCACUGCAUGGAAAAAUAUCUUCCAGAAUUAUGAAUUAAUUAACAGCCUAGAAUUCUUUUUUCAUACUUAUGAACUAUAUAAUGAAGAACUGCAAUGCAUUUUGCAUGGCAUUCAUUUGUUUAAAAUUGCUACUUUCUAAAAUUCUCUUGUUUUCACAUUUUGUUGGGGACCCCAACAACUCUACUGAGAAAUCCAACUCAGUAGAGUUUCACCCAAGAAAUAGCAGUAGUUGGACAUUUCUGGAUUUUUCCAUAUUGCUUUUUUUCUUGUUAUAUUUAUACUUGAUUUCGAAGGGUUGCUUAUGCUUGUGUCACGGCAAGCAAUCAGUACCCAGUCAUCCUGUAACACAAUGAUACUUAUUGUACAACAAAGCCUGAAUUUCUACCAACUGUAAGCCCCUAGAGUUAGGUGUCUCCCUCCUAAUCCAUUUAUCUAUAUCAUGGCCUUUUCUCUUUACACUCAGCAGGUUCAUAAGGUUAUUUGCCUUUAGUGAUUUCACUUUCUUACAGUAUGAAAUAUGAAGGUUGAUAAAAGGAGAGAUUGCAUCUAAAAAAAAAUAAUAAAGAACAGGAAAGCAAAGCUAAAAGAAAUAGCAGCUCU